CUUUACGUGGAAAUGUCAGCCUUUACCGAAACAGCCUUUCUGAAAAAAUUGGCAGAGCUCAAUUCCAGCCAACAAAGUAUUCAGACGUUGUCCUUGUGGCUGAUACAUCACCGCAAACAUCAUGCUAGUAUUGUCAAGACAUGGCUUCGUGAACUGCACGGUGUACCCGAACCAAAGAAGUUGACAUUUAUGUAUUUGGCCAAUGAUGUUAUACAGAACAGCAAAAAGAAAGGUCCCGAAUACGGCAAGGAGUAUAUGAAUGCCUUACCCAAGGCAUUUACACACAUUGGAGAAACAUGCUCUACCGAAAAGUUAUUUGGUAGUUUGGGACGAAUUUUAAAAAUAUGGGAGGAAAGAGGUGUAUACGAUUCGAAAAUUAUUGACGAUUAUCGGACACGCUUGAAUUGUAAAAAAGGUUUGGAUAAUACAGCUAGCUCUACGGCUGGUGAGGAGAGACGUGAAGCAAAACGUAAGCAUGAGGACAACAAACAUCGUUCGAAAAAGACUCGCCCGUCUCCAUCACGAGUUGAGGAGAAAACAUCGAGUGGCAAUGUUUUGGAACACAAUGGAAAUGGUGACGACAGUCCAUAUGUUCCCCUGGGCGAACCACCCGAACCUGAAGAUCUCAUUAAAGCUUUGAUAAGCAUUGAAAAUUCUGCCUCAAGUGAUGCUGUUGUUCGUGAACGUAUUGCCAAUCUGCCACCGGAAAUAUCCGAAGUCAGUUGCCUAUCUAAAUUGGAGGAUAAAGAAUCUGCUCAAAAUUUAGCCAAACAGGUUAAUGAAGCUGUUGAACUUUUAAAUGAUUACAAUUCAAGACUGGCUGCCGAAAUGGAAGAACGUACAAAAUUGGCCGUAAUGUUACGUGAUUUUCAAGCCGAACAAAAGGAACUAUUAGCACAGGCUGAAAAACGUUUGGAGGAAUCGAAAAAGAAAAAGGAAAAAGUUUUGGCCGUACAAAAAGAGAUACGUGAUCAUCUCUCAAAUUUGCCUGAUCUUACCCAAUUACCAGAUGUUACUGGUGGCUUGGCUCCAUUACCCUCAGCUGGCGAUUUAUUUAGUAUUCAUUGA